UAUCCACGCCACUUUUGUUGAUACCUCCGCCAAUUUAUCACCGAAUUUUGGACGUUAAAUGAAGGAAAAUGAAUGAAAAAGACACGCCGAACUCCCAUGGGUUCACCUUGACGAAGAAAUGCACAUUCCAAAGCGGUUUCCAUGUUUUUUUCACCCUUGUGUUUUCCCUAACAGGUAGUGUGCUUCAGCGGUCAGUGGCUCUGAAAGGAGACUGAAUAUCCCGCGUUGUAAUCUCUCCUUCUUGACAGCUUUUUUUCGCUCCUCGCUUGGACUCGUCACGACGUUUUCCGAACAUUUUCCUCUCUCAACAAACAUGGAUAACGUUUAUUUUUCAUCCCGUUGUGGUAGUUUGGUGAAUUUGUAACAGAUUUUGCCACUAUCGGACAUGAAGAAGGAGGACGGAGUGGAUUAAGAUUUUAUUUUUUGUUAUUUUUAUUUUAUUUUUUUAAAAAGAUUUUUCACUUUUAUCUUGGCCUUGUCCUACUCAUCUCAAUGUGGACUGUUAAAGGACUUGUUGCCCUGGUGCGGUUUGAAUUAAAAUGAUGGCUGCACGCUGGAGUGAUUCGCCGCUGGACAACGAUGGGAGUAAACACAGAACCAUAACUCCAUCUUCUGAGGCCAAGCAGAAGGAUGGUCGUGAGCAGAGCGAGGGGUCAGUGCUGGGCUCUCCUGUCCCAGAGGAGGAGCCUUUCUCGUGGCCCGGGCCCAAAACACUGCACCUGCGCCGCACCUCCCAGGGAUUUGGCUUCACCCUGCGUCACUUCAUCGUCUAUCCACCGGAGUCUGCAGUGCAUAACUCUCUCAAGGAUGAAGAAAAUGGCAGCCGAGGGAGACAGCGGAACCGUCUGGAGCCAAUGGACACGAUUUUCGUCAAGCAAGUGAAGGAGGGGGGACCCGCCCACGGAGCUGGACUCUGCACAGGGGAUCGCAUUGUGAAGGUCAAUGGAGAAAGCAUCAUUGGAAAGACAUACUCACAAGUUAUUGCCUUGAUCCAAAACAGCGAUGCCUCACUGGAACUGUGUGUGAUGCCAAAGGACGAGGACAUACUACAGCUGGCAUACUCCCAGGAUGCAUACCUCAAAGGGAAUGAGGCGUACAGCGGAAAUGCCCGGAACAUCCCCGCGCCCCCUCCCAUCUGCUACCCGCGGAUAGAAGUCAAGGCUGCGUCCAUGGCCCAAGGAGCUGUCCGCGCCACCGAGAAAAAUUACCGCGUGGAAAUACCUGUCCCUCCAUCUCCUCCUGCGCCUCCCACCACUAUCAAAUCUGUUGUUUGUAAUGAUAUAAGGACUCCAAGCCAUCGGACUGAAGAAAACCGGUACGCUACUACAACCGAAUCCGCAAAGCCAAGGUCAACUGUUCCAUCGGUAUCUGGAGGUGUUCAGUUACAGUACCCUUCCAUUGAUACGCCGGUAUAUUCGCAAACGCCAACUUCAAGAACUACUCAAAACUACCCAGAAACGUUAUCUCCAAACAUCCCCGUAACAUCAGCAUCGCAAGGAACAAAAAUGUCACCCAAUAACUCCCCAUCAGCGUCCGCUUCCAACACCCCAACGCACCAAAACAUCGACUGGAAGAAUUACACGACGUACAAAGAUUACAUCGACUCCAAAAAGCUGCACACGUACGGCUCAAGGACGAUACAGGAGCGACUGGAUAGCUUACGAGCAGCGGCAAAUGCAAACGCUAGCUCGGCGUACGCGCAACCGCACACUCCACCUCCAUCGAACUCGAGGGUUUUUAGUUCGCAAGCCAGACGGAGGAGCGCGUCGCACGAUCGCGGGACGGAUUCGGCGCACAAGUUUGCAGGUCCCUUGCGAAGUGUCUCCCAAGAAAGACUGAGCGGAGGAGAAAGGACAACGAAGAACUGGCAUCGAAGCGUUUCCCAGGACGCAAUUCCGUCGUCCACGCCAGCAGGGGUCGCCAAAACGAGGACGCGCUCUUGUGAUUACAUCGGACAUCAUGUUACAGAGACAGGGACAUGUGUGGAUGAGAGGGCAUGUCGCAGAGAGGAGGGUAAAGUGGUCAAACAAACAGCAAGUGGAAUUACAAACUCACCACCAGCCACUUCUGUGUUUACUAAAGGUUCUGAUCCAUCCAAGGCGGACGGUCUCAUCAUCCGGCCUUCACGUCUCCCAGUCAAAAACUCUGACUUCUCUCCUGCCUUAUCCUCUGCCCGCGCCCCCGCGCCCCUCAAAGACCAAAGAACCACCAUGAUGGGGAACCACGUAGGCUACACCUCCCCGGUACAUCUACUCAGGACCAGAGCCGACAGUCUGAAAAUGGAAAACCGGGCGGAAGGGGGGCUAGCGGCUAGAUCUUCCUCCUGCUCUGGUGUCUCCUCUAAAGUAGCCAUACUAAAACAGCAACAAACUGUCUCCACAACUGUCUCUUCAAUAACCAACGGAGCGAUAGCACAACAACCAAAAGCCAUUUCUACUCUAAGGACUAAAAUAGAAGGCGUUGAAGGACCUGACGCAACGGUAGUAGUUUUAAGGCGGGAUAAAAAGUCGGAUGCCCAACCCAAUCGUCCUCCGUCCUAUGUUUGCGCUGUGAAUGAACGUAAUAAGGAAGACACCCAAAGGCCCCCUGCGCUGGUGAAGGCGGGGUCAGAGGGAGCAGUGUGUAGGGACAUGUACUACAGGAGGUUGGAGGAUACGAAACAGAAGACUGGGUCACGUCUGGAUGGCUCGCUGGAUUCAAUACCGUUCAUUGAUGAACCCUCCAGUCCAAGUAUUGACCUGGACAGUUCGCUCAUCUCCGCGUCUGCUGUGAUCUCUGUGCCUCCAAUCAUCACCACUAUACCCCCCAGCCCCACCUCCCCCUCCCCUCUGAUUCGCCGCCAGCUGUCACAUGACCAAGAUUCUAUGCGUCUCACAAUUAUUGACUCUGACUCGGCGACUAAAACAGAGCGCUCAAAAUCAUGCGAUGAAGGCCUGGAUAAUUACAGAGAAGAGCGAAGGGGGAGGUCAUUAAUUCCUGGUCUGAAGAGCUUGAGGAAGGCGGUUGACAGAUCGUCAGAAGACUCGGGCUCCAGGAGGGACUCAACGUCAGACAUCUUUUGUGAUGCUACCAAAGAGGGUCCGCUGCAUUUUAGGCAGCUCACUUCAGAAAAGGGAAAGCGUGUCGGAGGGGGCAUGCGUCCGUGGAAACAGAUGUACGCGGUGCUGAGGGGUCACUACCUGUGCCUGUAUAAGGAGCGCAGGGACGGCCAGGGCCAUAGUAACUGUCAGACCGUAGAAGAGCCUCUGCCCAUCAGCAUCAAAGCCUGCCUCAUCGACAUCUCCUACAGCGACACCAAGCGCAAGAACGUGCUCCGCAUCACCACCUCCGACUCCGAGUACCUGUUGCAAGCAGAGGACCGCGAGGACAUGCUGGCCUGGAUCAAAGUCAUCCAGGAGAACAGUGUGGAUGAGGAGAACGCAGCCUUCACGAGUCAUGACCUCAUCAGUCGCAAAAUCAAGGAGUACAACACUCUGAUGAGUCCGACCGGCACCAAGUCGGAGCCCUCUCCACGCUCGUCCCGGCAGUCCCUGAGUAUCCGACAGACUCUGCUGGGAGGGAAGGCAGAGAGCAAGACCCCCUCACCCAAAGCAGAGCAGGAGAGGAGAAGCAUGCACAAAGAUGACACGAGCCCUCCAAAGGACAAGGGCACGUGGAGGAAAGGCAUCCCCGGCCUCAUGAGGAAACCCUUUGAGAAGAAGCCCUCUCCUGGGGUCACGUUCGGAGUGAGGCUGGACGACUGCCCUCCUGCUCACAACAACAAAUACGUGCCUCUGAUUGUGGAAGUGUGCUGUAAGUUGGUGGAGGAGAGGGGCCUGGAGUACACAGGGAUCUACAGAGUCCCCGGGAACAACGCGGCCAUCUCCAACAUGCAGGAGGAGCUCAAUAACAAGGGCAUGAGCGAUAUCGAUGUGCAGGACGAUAAAUGGAGGGAUCUUAACGUGAUAAGCAGUUUACUCAAGUCUUUUUUCCGGAAACUACCAGAGCCUUUGUUUACAAAUGAAAAAUAUGCAGACUUCAUAGAGGCCAACAGAAUCGAGGACCCAGUGGUGCGGCUAAAGGAACUGAAGAGACUGUUACAUGAGCUCCCAGACCACCACUAUGAGACCCUCAAGUUCCUGUCCGCUCAUCUUAAAACUGUAGCUGAGAAUUCUGAGAAGAACAAGAUGGAACCUAGAAACCUGGCCAUAGUGUUUGGUCCUACACUAGUGCGCACCACAGAAGACAACAUGACCCACAUGGUGACGCAUAUGCCUGAUCAGUACAAGAUAGUGGAGACCCUCAUCCAAAAUUAUGACUGGUUCUUUACUGAUGAUGGCUGUGGAGAACCUGUGACAGCGUCCCAGGAGGAGAGUGCAGUGGAGUCUCAGCCCGUCCCAAACAUCGAUCACCUGCUCACAAACAUCGGGCGCACAGGCACAUCGCAGGGUGAAGUAUCAGAUUCACCAACUAGUGACUCUGCCAAAUCAAAGGGCUCCUGGGGUUCAGGGAAGGACCAAUACAGCAGAGAGCUCCUAGUCUCCUCUAUCUUUGCUGCAGCCAGCCGCAAAAGAAAGAAGUCAAAGGAGAAGCCUCAGCCCAGCAGCUCUGAUGAUGAUCUGGACUCUGUAUUCACCAAAAAAGAAACCUCGGCCCACAAGCCACUAGAGACCAGCGCAACCCCCAAUUCUAAAAGCAGCGUCAAGCAGCAGGUAGCGGAGAGAAAGGAGAACGGGAGGGCUGCAGAGCUGGCCAUGAAAACCAAAAAAGAACACCGUAAUUUUCUCAAAGAGCUAGCCAAACACCCCUCUUCUCAUUCUCCUUCUCCGAACAAGUCUCCCAUCACAAUUCGACUGGGGAAACCAUCUUUGUCCGACCCUCCUUCUAUAGACGAAACCAGCGAUCUUGGCACUAUGAGCUCCGGUGCUUCAGUCCCAAUUUCCCAGCCAAAGAAAUGCAGUGUUUCGUUAUCAGAAGCACCUUUGGGUCCAGUUAUGGGUGCAGGGGCGUCCUUGGGUGCCGAGGUGAGCUCCAUCACUUCGGACUACUCCACGACCUCCUCAAUCACGUUCCUGACCGGUGCAGAAUCCAGUGUUUUGAGUCCGGAGCUGCAAGGCGGAGAAGAGGCGGAUGACGAGAGAAGUGAACUGAUAAGCGAAGGACGGCCGAUGGAGACGGACAGUGAAAGUGAAUUUCCUGUUUUCGCGCCCACAGGGGGUAGUAGCCAGUCCACACCCUGCCCAGGAAAAAGCCAGGCAUGUGCGCAAGGAAAACCAGAAGUGAAAGUAGAAGGAAAUGGCGGACAAAGAAUGGAAUCACGCCGCCUCUUUCCGUCACACAAACUCAUCGACGGUGAUACGUUGUCCAGAAGGUGGUCUUUGAGGAACAAGACGGACAGUGAAUCGUCUGUAGAGGGUGUUGUAGCGAGCGGGGAGCGUAGUGGUGAAGGGAGAUCGGAAUCGUCUACGCGCUUGUCCCGAGUGUUAGAGGUGAUGAGAAAGGGGAGGUCCACCAGCAGUCUCAGCUCAUCUUCUAGAAGUGAAUCGGAGAGAUCUGAACCGGCCUGGCACCUCAAGAUCACAGAACGUCUCAAGUUCAGACUGCGCACUUCUGCUGAUGACAUGUUCAGCAUCCAGAAGAACCCAGAGACUCGCAGUAGUAAGAAAAAGAACAUCCGCAGAAGGCAUACGAUGGGGGGCCAGAGGGACUUUGCAGAACUAGCGGUCAUCAAUGACUGGAGGGAACAAGGCGGAGUGGACCAAGCAGCUGACAUCUCCACUUUGGAAAACUUUAAGCCUCGGUUCUCUUCUCAAGACUUUGCCAUUAAGGACUGGACGCCAAAGGAGUGCAGUGGAGGAGAUAAGUCUAAUCCACAGGUGGCUCCUAAAGCUGUGCCUGAGGACGAGUGUCUGGACUCUGAGCAGCCAGCGCCCCCUGCUGCCUCCUCCAGUGCACCGCCGUCAGCAGGAGUGAACGGGGGCGGGGUACAGAGUAAAGCAGUCCUGGGAGCAGACGCACACCCUCACAAACUGUCAGGGGCACAGGUGGUCCGAUCACGCUUCUAUCAGUAUCUGUGACAGGACAACACGGACGCCACUGUGUCAUCUGUACGGACGUUUAGCUAAAGUUAUUAUUGCACAAUAUUUUUUUACUUCAUGUAUCUAUGUACAUAUGUGUAUAGGCCUACAUAAUGCUUUGAAUAAUGUAAACAUGUUCAUGUUUGUAAUUAGUUGGCAGUUUUGGAUGGGACAUGGAAUAUGUAUCUUCCUCCUGCAAGAAAAGCAAGAAUGUGUGACGUGAAGGAAGUUACUUUGGGAAGUGGCUUUGAAGUGCAAGUCAGGAUUUGUACCAAAUCCUCAUUUUUCAACAUUUAUAUAAAAAUAUUACAAUUAUAGAAAUGUGUGCUCAACUGUGUGUUAACAGUGUUUACAAUUACUACUCUCAGUCCAAUUUUCAAAUGGCAGAUUUAAUGUUAUAAAAAAAUAAUGUCAUGUAGCCUAAUGUUCUUAAGCACUUAACAGCUAUUUCCAAAACUGGAUUAGCACCACUCUGUUCAAAACUCUGCUGGUUAGAUUCUCACCAAUGUUUUGGUGCUGGUUGAAAUGUACUGGCUUCAUAACUUUAGAAAAUCAUCCAUACUAAAUGUUUGUGUUUCUGUUGAUGCACUUCUCAGCCACUCCACAUGAAUGUUGUCUUUGCACCAAAGGGUGACGGGGGGUUAGACUAUUAUAUGAGGAGGCCUUUUCAGUAGAAUCCUGCUUCAGUUCUUCCUGUCCUUAAAGAUAAGGAGAAUGUAUGUGUGUGUGGACUAACACAUUAGAUGAAGAGUCAUUAUUAGAUCCAUGUUUAUACGAUGGCUGUACUUGAAUAAGUGGAUAUAGUGGGGCUGCUUUCUGAGCUGGGUGCUGUGGGACUCAUGUUUCACUGCACUACACAACAGUCAGACUUUAGCUGGAGGAGUGCUUUAUCAAAGACUGAAAUGCUGAUACUAGACUAAGGAAUGCUUGGUACAGUAGGUAUUUUGUUCAGUUUUAGUCAUACAGUACUUUUUUUUUUUUUUUUUACAUAUAUGGUUUUUAUUUUAUCUCAAAAAUGAAAGUGCCUCUUUUGUUUUUGUGUUUGUAACAGUUUGUACCAACAGUUGUCAGAAUAAGGAUUUUACACACCUUUCGGAAAUCAGCAGAUUAAUUCAGGCAUUCCAGUAAUUUUAUGUGGUGGUAGUUUCCCUGUUUUCUAUUCAAAUAUUGGUGCAUCCGACCAUGUAUGUUUACCUUCCCGUCUGUACUCUUUUAAUGCAGUACAAUGCAUGGCCGAUCAGAAGUGGGAGAGAAAGAGACAAAACUGCAUGGGACAAGAUUUCUCAAAAGUCAAGCAUCUGGCCUAUGUAGAGCAUUACAUGGGCAAAGCCUUUCCUCAAACACUGGAAAUAAAUAUUCUUUAUA